AUGGCAGUUCAUCAAAUUACAAAUCAAGACGAAUUCACUAGACUUACAACCACCGAUGCAGGUGACAAACUGAUUGUUUUAUACUUUCAUACUAUAUGGGCUGAACCAUGUAAACAAAUGGGAGAAGUAUAUUCUGCUAUCAGUGACGAACCUUCUAAUAAAGAUGUUUCAUUCUUAUCUAUAGAUGCCGAUAGUAAUUCAGAAAUUGCAGAAUUAUUUGAAAUAUCUGCAGUUCCUUACUUUGUUUUAAUUCAAAAAGGUACAAUUUUAAAAGAACUUUCUGGUGCUGAUCCAAAGGAAUUUAUUAAUUUAUUAGAUGAAUGUAAAAAAUUUAUUGAGAAUAAGGGUGCAAAUGCACCAAAACCAGAAGAAGAUACUGAAGAAGCUGAAGGUGAAUCUGAAGAAGAAGUAUUUGCUAGAUUGACUAAAUUAGUUAAUGCAGCACCUGUCAUGUUAUUCAUGAAGGGUACUCCAUCUGAACCAAAAUGUGGUUUUUCAAGACAAUUAGUUGGUAUUUUAAGAGAACAUCAAGUUAGAUUUGGAUUCUUUGAUAUCUUGAGAGAUGAUGCAAUUAGACAAAGUUUAAAGAAAUUUUCAGAUUGGCCAACUUUCCCUCAAUUAUAUAUAAAUGGUGAAUUUCAAGGUGGUUUAGAUAUCAUUAAGGAAUCUCUCGAGGAUGAUACAGAGUUCUUCCAACAUACUAUUCAACAAUAA